AUGGCCUCGCCUUCAUCACAGACGACACAAAGGCUUCUGCGUGAGCUGAAGGAUUACGCAAAAUCACCAAACGAAGUGCUACUCCAUUUGGGUCCCGUUGAUGAAGAGGACCUCCUACGGUGGGAGGCCGUCUUGAAGGGCGUGAAUGGCUCCCCAUAUGAAGGCGGCCUAUGGCACCUGCGCAUUGUGAUCCCUCCCAACUAUCCUCUCGCCCCGCCCACAAUCACUUUCACGACCAAGAUAUCACACCCGAACAUUUCCUUUGAUAAGGGCGAGAUCUGCCUAACUUUGUUGACGACCGAGCACUGGACGCCUAUCUACACGAUUUCAUCGACACUUACCGCCAUUCACCAGCUCUUGACCGAACCCGCGCCUGACUCACCACUCAAUGUUGAUGUUGCAGCACUCCUUCGCGAUGGUGACAUUGCCGGCUGGGAGAGUAUCGUGCGAUACUGGACAGCUGAGGAGCGAUGGCAGGGGUCGACCAGUUUCGGACGGUGA